AUGGAAAAUGAUUCAGAAUUAAAUUCGUCGAUACAUAAUAUGAUGGGUAUAAAAUCCCGCCGACUUUAUGAAUAUCUUAAUGACAUACUAAUCACAAAGAAAGUUAAAUUAAGUAAUAGUAGUAAUGAACCGAUACCAUUUGAUUUACUAAUCAAUGAUUUCAUACCACAUAUGAUAGAUGUAACACCGAAUGAAUCAUUCAUAAAUAGUAAUGAAGAAAAUAUUGAAUCGAUUCGUAGAUUGAAAGAAAUGGGUGAAAAUUUAAUUGAUAAAUUUUUCAAUAAUGAAAAAUUACCAUUCACGAUAAUGAGAAUUUUUGAACUUUGUUUUGAUCCGUUCAAAUAUUUUAAAGUUAAUGAACUUGUAAAAUAUGUUAAUGCUUUAGAGAAAUGCUGUUACGUGGAUUCAUGUUUAACUCUUGCAUCAUCUUCUUCUUCUUCGACGAAUACUGAGGAAAGAAGAGAUGAAGAAGAAAGUAAUGGCAAUACGAUUGGAGAAGAUGGAGAUGCAUCUUUGGUCAAAAUUCCAUGGAUUACUGAAAAGGAUAUGGGCCAAUUACUACCCAUUGUGAAGGAAAUUGAUGUUAUUAUGAAUGUUGAAUUUGAUGACGACGACGAGGAUGAUGAUGAAGAGGACGAUGAAGAACAUCAUGAUGUUAACGGUCAAGGAACCAUCAGAGAAAGAAAAAGUAAUAAGCAUGGUGGUACAAGUACUGAUGAUAUAAGUAUAACGUUACAAAAUGAUAAGGAUUUCAUUAUUGAAGAAUAUUAUGAAGAUGAUGAUGAUGAUGAUGAUGAUAUGAAUGUUGAGGAUACGAAUAAAAACCUUACCAAUACUCCUGAUGAUGAGGAGGAACAAGAUGAUGACUAUGUGGAUGAUAAUAUGGGAGACACAUCAGGAGACGAUGAUGAUGAUGAUGCUGAUGAAAACGAUGAAAACGAUGAAAUUGGUGAGGAUGACGAAGAGGAUGAAGAUAUACAGAUGCAAGAUGUCAAUGAAAACCUUGAAAGUAAAACGCCGAGAAAAAGGAAACCUACCGAAAUAGAUAAUUAUGAAUAUAAUGAAAACCUAUCAUCAUCUCCUACAACGCCGUCACAAGAGUUAUUAACACCUAAAAAGAUGAAACAAGACGUUACGCCGACAACGAUUUAUAAUGAUAACCAUUCCAGUAUGGAAUCAAUGAAUCGAGAUGAAUUAGUUAUUAAAUCACCACCAGGGUUAUUCCGAUUAGAUCAAUUACAGCACAGUAAUGGUGAGGAAGAGUUAAAUAAUUCUACUAUAAAGGUUGGUGUAGUGACUAUUGGACCGGAAACUAAUGAUAAGGAUUCAAAUACAGGUAUAUUGGUAUCACCGUCAGAUCUCAAUAUUAUUGGUAAUAAUACUAAUAAUAAUAUUCAAGAAUUUAAUACAGAUCCAACGGGUGAAAGGAAUGAUGCGAAUAGCAAAAUACGACCAACAACGAUAGAUGAUGACGAGGAAGAGGAAGAGGACGAGGACGAAUUCAAUAAUUUUAAAGACAAUGAUAGCAGUCCUUUAGGCAAUAAGACGCGUUAA